GUUACAAUGUCUCAAUCCCCAAGUCCCUCACCUCUCUCUGCCUCUCUCCUCGCACCAUACACCCCCGCCUCCGUCUCCGUCUCCGUCUCAGCCGCACCUCCGUCUCCAUCUCAGCCGCCAGCCCCUGGCUUCUCUCAGGGUUUCUAAGAACUUUCAAUCCCCAAAAAUCCCAUAAGAAAUAGUGGCUGGUAUUGGUGAUAUCAGAAUUGAGUGACUAUCUUCUUCACUAGGAAUUUUUAUGAUAGUUAUAUUUGGUUUGUUGGAUUUUUAGAAAGUUUCUUCUUUGUCAUUUUACCAUAAAAUGUUAGGCCUCACCGCCCGCCUCAUUCCAACAACACAUUUCCCGAUACCCUCAGGACUAAGACCAUCUCUUUCUAAACUUCCACACAGAGGUAAUCUUGAUUUCCACAACGAAAACCGAAGAAGAAGAAGACCCACAACACUGGUGGCAUUUGCAAACAAAAAUGACAAAGAGUUGAAGAAAGAUUCAAGCGAGAGAGAAGAAAAUGACGGAGCCAAUAAAGGAGGAAUCAGCGAUGAUGAUGGUGAUGAAUCGGGGAAGGAGAAUCGCCGGACUAUAUUCAGCGGUAUAAGAUGGGGAGAUCUAGUGUUGAGCCCUGAUCCCGAUAACAUAUUGGCCGUCGGAUUAACGGGGCUGCUGACAUGGGCAAGCGUUCAGGUACUAUGGCAGCUCUUGUUCAUCUCCCUAGCCAUUCUUCUUGCUGCUGUUAAGUACUCUCUCAUCGCUGCUCUACUUAUUUUCAUUCUCAUCACUCUUCUAUAACUUUGUAAUUUUUCUUAUUAAUACAAAAGUUUCUUUGGUUA